AUGCCCAAGAAGAUUGGCCGGCCAUCCGUGUCGUGCGCAGAGUGCAAGCGCUCCAAGCUCCGCUGCGAGCGUGAUCGCGAUAAGAAGGACUGGCCGUGCAAGCAUCUGUGCCCCGAGGGCAUCGUCGCCGCCCGCACGUCGGUACGCGAACUGCGUGAGGAGAUUGCCUCCCUCAAGCGGCAGCUGGCGCUCGCCCAGUCCUCGCCAGCGGGCACGAAGCCGAUGCCGCCACCGACAUCGUGCUCACCCCAAGACGUGGCCGAGGGCACCGUUACCGUCGGCCAGCUCUCGAUCAGUCACGGCGGGCGUUCCCGUUUCUACCCUCCGACCGCCGCAGCGCACGUCCUCCCCGACGAAGGGGACGAGGAGAGCAAACCCUCCGCCGCCGCUGGGGCGGGUACGACCUUCCCGUUCUUCCUACAGGAUCGAGCUGCUUUCCUCGCCGAAGCACGCGCCGCUCUUCCGACUUAUGAGGAGAUGCAGACGCUGCUAGAGGUGUACUGGGAGGCUACUUGCUGGCGAUUCAUCCCCGUUAGCAGGAGCUAUCUCGACGUCGUCCUGCUCGAUGUCUAUGGGCAUAGCAGGCAGACGCUGCACCGCAACGACGCCGCGCAGCUCGCGCUCGUCUUCGCCGUCAGCGCUGUCGGAAGCCUCUUCGACGAGAGGGAGAGCCCAUACUCGGAAAAAGCACACACAUUCAACCGCCUCUCCCUCGCUUGUCUCGGUGCCGCCGAUUUCCUCACCAACACGAGCGUCGCUAGUCUGGCGACUCUUCAUCUGCACUACUCGUUCACGCUGAACGCGGGCUCGCGCCGAACAGAGGAGCUGUACGCUGUUGUCGGACUUGCCCUGCGUCUUGCGAUUCUGGCCGGAUUCCACCGCGACGGCGCGUGGUGGAAGCUGCCCGAACGCGAGGUGAACGCGCGCCGGCGCGUGUGGUGGGAGCUCCUGACGCUGGAGCGUAUCAACCCGCAUCAGUUCGACACCCUCCGACCCAGCGACGAGCCAAACUCCUCCUACCUCUGCUGGCGCUGGGAGUGGGACGACAUCCUCCACCGCCUGUUGACCGAGUACAUCAACAGCGAAGACGAUAGCCGCCUGAAGCUGGGCGACCGCGCCGUGCGCGAGUUCUGGCACCGGCUUCCCAAGGCGCUCAAGUUCCCCGGUGUCACAGUGUACUCCGACAUGGACGCUGUGCCCCUCUCAUCGAGACGGAGCGAGAUCCCCUCUGAACCGGCGACCGAUCGCGCACUGCUGGAACAGAUCCGCCUGUCGCUCCACCACAACACGGGCAUGCUCCACCUCCACCGCGCAGGCUUCUCGCAGGCACUCAAGGACAGCCCUGACGAGCCCCUCGAGUCGCCGCAGGUCGCCUCCGUGCUCGUCGUCAUCAACGAGGCGUGCGUAAACGUCAUCGACAUUGCAGCGUACGUGCUCGAAAAGGUGCCCAAGGUAUCGCGGCACUCCGUCGUCGUCCUCGAUCUGUACUCCUCCCUCGUGCCCCUCGCCGCCUUCGUGUGCCGCUCCCCGCACAGCCGACUCGCGAAUGAAUGCCACCACCACCUCAUGCGCGGCGUCACGCUUCUCGAGGCAACGACGACCAAAACCCCUUGUGACUGGUAUCGCGUGCUGUGCUCGCGUGGCCAAAAACUGGCGGCGCAGGCAACGAACCGCCUCAUGGCGCGCUGGAACGGGCCCAACGGCAGCAGCUCGGCGGACGGCAGCACAGGACCAGUGGAGAACGAUGAGGUCGACGCCAUGCUCGGCCGCACGAAUAGGCUGCACGAGGCAGCGCCGCCCGUUACGAUCCCGACACCCGCGAUCGAGGGCGAUAUCGCCCCAGACUUUGAUAUGUGGCUUAGCGCCUUCUGGCCGAGUGUCGAGAAUGUCGCGCCGCCGACGGCGACGGCGCUGGAUGGGACGGAGUUCAGUCAGCUGUUCGUGCCCAUGAAUGGGUUCUAG